AGCGAAAGCAAACUUUCGUCACAACGGCCUCACUCCUCACUUGAUACACGCGAGCAACCAGCCAAAACAACCCACCAAGACACACAAGAGCAGGGAGAUCAUCAUCACAGACAGCGGUAGCGACAGCGAUGGUGCAGCGGUCACCUUCCCCGGCCCACGUCCGUGAUAAGCGAUGGGUGCGAGGCCUUGUCGUGGCGGUGAUUGUCACCGCGAUUGCAGUAAAGAUGGAGAUGUAUGUGCGAUCGACAACAGACUGGACGGUCGUGCAGCAAGACAGCAUCUUCUGGCAGGCCAUGGAUGGCCUCUUCAUGAAGGCUGACGCCGUGCAGGUGAUUGUGCUCGCUGGCGCCAAGGAGUUUGGCGAGACAACAGGCCGCUACUUCCACAUGCACAAGGAGAAGCCGCAGCGUGCAGACGCAACAGACACCGACCUUGGCAAGGCCUUGUGGACGCGAGUAGAGCAGGAGAUUGCCGCCCGCCGUGCUGCACCAUCUGCAUAACCAACCAUCGCUCACACGUGCACGCAUCGACGUCUCAUCGGAGACAAUAUUUCUCGACAUGCACGUCCUCGCGUGCGCUCCGUUGUUGUUGUCUUGCUUUUAUCUGUGUCUUUGGCGCUUGGUUACAAAUGGUGAGAUGCAGUGUUGGUGCUGGUGCGUGAAUGGGUGAAGGAGUGGUGACCAGGUGCCCUGACACAAGAUAUGAGCAAUGGGUGCAUGUUAGUCGUGGUUUCGGUGUCCUCGUGUGUCGUGUUUGCGAUUGCUCUGCCCUCUCAUGAUGGUGUGGCAGUGCAUUCUGCCAAGUCGAAGAAAAACGCACAAUCAACUCAUCAUA